CGACACAAACGAGCAAAAUAAACGUGCGCGUGUAACAUUCAAUUCAACAAUAAUAUUCAACAUAAAAUAUUUUUAUAGAGUUGAAAAUUUGAAAUUGUAGCUAAUAAAGUAACUUCUACCAAGUGUAAAUCCAAACUCUGGUGUUUAAAGAACAUUUAGAACGAGCGAGCAGGACAAUUACUAUCGACGCAGUCCAUUUUAAUUGAUCGAGGAUGCAAAACGUUUGUUCCGAGGGUCGUCGUUUACCAAAGCCUGACUGGGACCAAUUUAACCCACGGUGUCACAAUCCAUCACUUCAUGUACCUCGCAGACCUCCCCCACAAAAACGUCCCACUGUCUUUAGCAGCUACUACAGCAAAAAAGAAACCAAUACGAGCGGUAAUAAUGACGCAUAUCAGCCACGGCCGCCACAAUUUAACCCUAACAGCAACAGGUCGAGACCAUACAAUCGUGGGGGGCACUCCAACAAGCCAAUGCUACCACAUAUUAUGUCUGACAACGCUGGCAGUAAUUACCCACCAGCUCUAAUUCCGAAUCAGCAACACCAUGAACCAGUAAGGUUUGAUCCAACUCAACCAUUGCAGCCUUAUCAAAAUUGGAGACCGGAAAGAAGUGAAAUGUCUUUUAAACGGAGAGGUGGCGGAAGACCACGCUACCAAAAGAACAAGAAGCAGCAAAGAUUCAAUAAUACGUUCUCUGAUAGUUAUGGAAAGCCUGAAGCGAUUCUAGAGAAACGUUGCUGUGAAUGUGGAGAUGCUGAUUCUUCAUACAAAUGUCCACUAUGCCUGCUUAAGUAUUGCUCGGUCUCCUGCUAUAAGGCUCAUAAGGGUGGAAUUAAUUGCAUAUCUACUAUGAACGAAGAAACCGUGAUGGACAAAAACAACGAAGUAAAUUGUAAGCUGAUAAAAAGCCCACAAAAGAUAAGUUUAGUACGAGGAAGAGUCGAGUACUUAUAUCCCACGGUGGACACAAUCAAACCAGAAGCUCUGGAAAAAUUGGCGGUCGAAGAUUCAUUAAGAAGCAGGGUGGUUGAUCUACUGAAGAGUCAAGGCUUACGAGAUAAGAUUCGAAGACUAGAUUUAUCAGAGGACCCGAGAAAAUUGAUGGACUCAUUUGUGGAGGAUAAAGAAUUUUCCGAAUUCAAAACAUUUGUGAUCGACAAUUUAUCAAAGGACUUAUUUAGAUAAAGCUGCAAUUUUUUAAAAUAAUUAUUAAUUGAGUUGAUUUUCAAGAUUUUAUAUAAAUGAUAAAAAUAUUUCCGUGA